ACACACACACACACAUUCACAGCGAGGUUACACCCAGUUGGUUCCUUCUCGAGGGCAAAUUCUUGGGAUUCGCAGCUUCCAAACAGCCGAUUUCCUUUCCGUGCAGCUGGGAGGGCAGGUUCCCUGGCUGCUGCUCCUGUGCUCGCUGGCUGCUACUACUGGACCUUCCCCAGGAGGAGUCAGUCGCUUCACUUCUAAGGAAAGGGGGGGGGGCAGGGAGGGGAGAAAGGGGAUCCGGGAUCAGCCUCUCCUGCCCCAGCAGCAGCCAGGAUGCUCCGAGGCAGCGGCAGCAGCUGGCCUGUGGAAUCCGAGCCAGGCGAGUCACCCCGUUAGGAGGCCCCGCCAGCACCCCGCGCCCGGGGGCAGCAGCGGCAGCAUGGGCAGCGGGAGCAGCAGGAGCAGGAGGAAGCGGAGCUGCAGCCCCGGCGCGGAUCGUCCCGGCAGGUGGGGCAGAAGCAGCAGCGCCCCCAGCGGGCAGGGCGAGGAGGCCAAGGGGAGCCAGGCGCCCGCCCCCACGGAGCUGCCCAGCAGUAGCCGGCGGCGGCCGCAGCCGGGCGGCCCGGCGGAGGACUCGGACUGGGAGCUACUGGAGGAGGUGCUGGCUGAGUGCGAGGAGCCGGGGGCGCUGUUCCCCACGGCCCGGGGUCCGGCUGCCCCCAUCCCGGGCCCGCCCCGCCGAGGGCCCGCCGGGGACUCCUGGGCCGGCCACGACCGGCACCCAGGGGCGGUGGCAACAGGGAGCGGCCGGGGCAGCGGUGCCGCCGGAGGGGACCAGCCGGCCUCCUUAACAAGAAGCACACAGGACCCAGAGAACAACAACUCCUCCGCCAGUGAGUUUCCAGUCAGAAGUAACAAGAAGCCCGAGAUGCAAUCCCCCAUAUCGUACGAUUACUCUGAAGAAGAGCUCAUGGCGAGUAUUGAACGAGAGUACUGCCGCUGAGAGCCAGUGCUGUAUGAUCAUAGCUGACAGUGGCACAUGUGAGCAAGGGUUCUGCCAACAAAAUAACCCCACACACAGUGAGAUUGUUCUGAGGAAAUGGAAAAGACGAGAAUGAAAUGAGAGAGAAUGUUACCACUCAGGAGGCUGUUAGUAUUGUAGGACUUCGAAGAAUUCCUCUUUGGCAAGUGCUGAGCAAGAGCACUGAUUAACGAAGGAACCCUCACUGACCAGUGAAUAAAAGCAAUGCGGUGGGGAAAAAAUAAGAUCUCAUUACAUUCCUCUUGUAAAUUAAUAUUUAAAAGCCAGUUUCCAAGUAAUACUUAUGUAUGAAGUCUUAAAUGUAUUGUAAGGUUGAGAUGUGCCAUUCUGACAGAGUGAUUUCAGUCAGAGAAGUGCAGCAAAUCAUUUGAAUAGAUACUUACUUGAUAGGAUAUAUCCAAAAUGUACCUUUCAUGACACUUAGCUAUGGGUCAAAUUCAGGCCUACAGUAAGCAGAUUGCAACUCUAUACACCAGGUCUGAAUUUGCCCCCCCCCCUUUUUUUUUUUUAAAUAUUCCACAAUACAGAAAAAGGGAGGGAAGGGAAUCAAUCAUUCCAAACUUAAGCUGCAGGAUCUAACAGUUCAAAUCCCAGUUCUCUGUCAAACAACAGGUGUGGGAUUUGUUCUGAUUGUGCAUAUGGCUCCGUUCCUUCUCGCUCCCCUUUUCCAAAGAGGCAGGGGAUUGAAAUUGUCAAGAGUCCGGUUUCCUUAAAGGGCAAGAUUCUGGUCUAGUUUCUUACCUGGCUUACAGAAAUGGAAGCUACAGGGAAAUCACAAGGACAGAGUGACAUGCACAUACUGGUCCAUUGCCACAUGUAUGCGCCUGUUGGGUCACCCACUUUGAGAUGGGCUUUAACAUGAUUGAAGAGCAGUAGUUCACAAAUCAGCACUCCCGCAUUGGAGUUAGAUAUAAAAUACCACUUCUGGCUUACACAAGAAUUUUCAUUAGUGCUUACAUUUAAAAUUCAUCACAUUCAUCACUAAGGAUGGAAAAGUAAAACAAAAAAUCCUAUAAACCCGAAGACUCAGAGGUUUUCAGCAUGAUUGACAGUGAAGCCUUGUACUUUUAAAUUAAGGUUUGUCUUUUGGGGGGGAGGGGGGAGGCUGAUAUACUUGGAGUAGCUGCUUAUUAUCAGAAUUAGAAAAAAAAAAUUGUCUGUCCUCUGAUGGAACAUAACAUGUCAGAUGAAAUCUCCAGGGCAAACGGAUGAGGCACAUGCUAAUGGGAACAGUGGGAUACAUCUUAAGAUUUCAAGAUUUGACUUUUCCUUUGUACUUUGGUGUAUAUUUCACAAAUAUCUAUGUUCCAUGUAAUUCUCAAUAAAAGGCAAAAGUAUCAGUUUGAGAGAGACAGGGUGAUCAAUCUUCUGUCCCUCCAACUUAUUUUUUCAUGGAGAUAUCCAGUAGGAUUUUUAAUGAGUUAUCACUGAAUAUGAUUUUUUCUUCCUAAUGAGGCAUCUAGUUUUAUUUUUUCCUCCAGAUUACAUAAUGAGGAACCUGUGGCUCUCUCCAGGUUGUCAUGUUCUCCUAGCCAAUGUGGCAGAGCACAGAUGUCUACAUACUGGUUCAUAGUCCUCCCCUGCUCAGUGCUUCUUCAGCACACUGAUAGCCUUUUAAUGAAUCUUCCAAGAAUAUGAAGACAGUAGAGGCAAAGUGCAUCUAUAAGGGGAUGUGCACAAUUCUAGAAGGAUGGAGAGGAUCAUGCAGAUAGCACAAAACCCCCUACUGACCAGUUUGGAUAAGAAACAGUGUUCCAAAAGAUGUCCUGCUCAUGUAGUCAGAUGGUGGGUAUCAUUGUGGUGUGAACCUUACAUAGAGAAGGACAGAAAGGGUCCUGUUGGAGGUCUGGUGUGGUACCCAAUCAGACGGAAGUUAUACUUAGGGGUUUACAUGAGGAUGUUAGUGCUAAUAUGCUAAAUAAGCUAAAAUGUGACUUUAAAGUGCACUAGGUACUCAAUUAGCUACUCCACACUAGCUCGCCAUGUGGGGACACUGACUGCACACUAAGAGAGCCCUCAGGCAGUUUAGCCAAAGUGCAUUAUGCUCCUGAGCACAAAGGCACUCAAUGCACAAUAUGAGUGUCUACACAGGGAGUUAAUGAGUAGCUAGUGCGGGCUCCCCUCCACCCCCCACAUGUGCGUACACCCUUAAUAAGAGGGAAGGGGGGAUGAAAAAAAGAAAGGUAGCCUUUCAGAAAGCCAUGUAAGUUUAAAGCCUAGGGCUCCCAGCACACUGGUUCUUGAAUAGCUUGGUAUAUCCAGAAAUAUCCUGCUGUCAGUCAAAAGAUAUAUGUGCAGUUGUUGGGGGAGGUAGCGUAACAUUAGGAGUAGAACCACACACAAAAAUAGAAAAUAUGGUAAUAACUAGUGCUUGAGUAGAAAUGACAUUCAAUAAUAUUACCAUGUCUGAAAAUUACACAAAAGUAAUUACAUGAAUUUAUAUGCCACGGUCAGUAUUCUAUUACAUUGGCCAGAAUUAAAUUAAACAAAAUUAAUCUCCAAUAACCUGCCAUGAUAGCAAGCAGAAUUAUAUCAGAGUGAGAAGAAUACAUAGUGCAUUUUUUGUAGAGAACGCAAAAAACAUCUGAAAAUUUCUAAAUCUAGUAGCUGUACAUACCCAUGAUGCUGCAUGCAUGGUGUGUCCCCUUUUUGUUCAGACACUAGCCAACUUUUAGAUUUCUACGCUAUCCAGGUUUCUUCCUUUAGAUUGGGACUGUUCUUGGACACACAGGGCCAGAUUCUAAGGGUACCCAGUAUGUGAUAGGUACAGAUGGGGGGAGGAAGGCACAGAGGAACUGGUUGUGGCUUUCUGGUUCUGGGGCCUGGCCUACUUUAGGAUGACCACCAAGCUACUUUAAACUGGCAGCUGGCUGUGGCCUCCAGCGUUCAUUUUACCAGCCAUGAAUAGCUGGAUGAAAGUCCCCCUCUGGUCAUACCCCACUCCCCGCACUCUUCUGGGGAGGCUGGAGAAGGGUGGCACCCCUGUCAGUUGGGCACCGCUCAGGUGGAAUCCCAGGCUGGAGAAAUCUACCAACUUUCCAGACCCUUUGAGCUGCCAGACCCUCCUGUUAUACUGUGUAGGCAGGGAGAUCACAGCCUCCUUCAGUAUCUGAGACCUCCUCCUGUUCCAGGCUCUGCCUCGCUGAAGUCAGAGUUCAGUUUCUCUCCCUGCAGCUCUAUUCAGUAACUGCUCCAGUUAAGAACGCUUUUCAGGUUGUCUUAAAGGAAAGACUGUGUUUUGGCAGUUUUAUAGAAAGAGAAAAUAUUAAAAUAAAAGGCACGAAGAAAUAGACAUCCCUGACUGAUUAUUAGGAAAAGUACCUGGAGGCUGGCAGUAGGUCUAAGGACUGAACAUUGAAAUCUAACCUGCCUGGCAAGAAGAUUUAUUUUCUCCCCAUUAGCAUUUGUGAGGACAUCAUACUUUAGUCCAGUCUGUGACGGCCUGUUGUUCAUAAGAUGACAAAAUUCAUUCCUAUUUUUAAAAAGCAUCUCGUCUAGCCUGUUCCUAAACAUAUGGGACUGCACUGAGAUACACCAGCUGAGUAGCUGGCCUGUCAUUUCAGUCAUUACCCUUCUACAUGAUAUAUACAGCCUAGUGUCCUGGAGCAGGGCACGGUAUUUAGUGCAAAAAACACUCUCAGUUCUCUCCAAACAACAAAAUAUUUUCCACAAUUUAGCAUGGUAUCUUCCCUCAUCUAGAAGCAGCACGUAAAUACUAAAUUAUACAAAUACAGUAUGUUCUGUACUUUGCACAAACUAACUACCUUAUGUUUAGUGCCAUGCUGGCUAUUAGCCGUUCUACAAACAGCCACUCCUUAAAAAACACCAAACCAAACCACUGUUGGUCAGAGGGUUAAGGAAAGGGUCACAUUUUCCAUGGUUACCACUUAAAUAGAUUACCAGCUGCAGCCACUUAGCUUUCACUGAGCAUGGUGUUAAAAAAAAAAAGUGAGCCUUCAGAGCAUGCCAUGCAAAACUAAAAAAAAAAAAAAAAAGGAUCAUAAGAGAUUUUUAUAUAAAUAUUAACCAAAAGGCAAAUAUCUUGGCUUCUGACCGACCAUCUGUCUCGUGAAAAGCAGUCAUGUGCAGAGGACCGCAGACCAAAAAAAACUGAAGACAUGGUCAGCAGCAUGACAACCUAGCAGAAGGCAAUUUGGAAUUCACAAGAUUUAUUGAUUGGUCUGUAAAAAGAUUAACACUGAAAUGGGAAGAAAUUUAAAAGCCUGAAAAGAAUUCUUAGAAGUUAGUUAACUAGGCCAAAAUCUUCCAAAAACAGAACAAAAGCCACUUUUAUGCAUACUCCAUUUGCAUCUACUCAACUCCUGAUUUACGUGCAAAUUGGGGUUUUGCAAAUGCAGAACUGCACCUUUGAAGAUAUAAUGUACAGAAAUAUUUUUUCUUAGCUGCUGAUUGUUUUCCAUGACAUUACUACCGUGAUAGUAGCAUACCUUGCCAUUGAACAAGGAAAAGAAAUAAAAAGGGUGUAGUCACAGUUGUAGCAUUAUAGCCUUUCCUGGAGCAUGCACGUAUCUGUACAGAAAGGAGCACAGAGACAGCAAGACCUUCAGAGAGGAAACCACUGAUUGCUUUUAUCUCCUGAAAACAACUAGAAAAAGUGGUUGCCUUUAGAGCAGUUUUAAGAAGGGAAAUACCCUCUCAUAGGCUGGCUAUGGGCCAGCUGACCCUUUUACAGGGCUUUAAAAACUGGUUAGGGGGACAAACUCAGCUAGAAAUUGAAGACUCAAAAUGGGAGGAGCUGUGACUUAAUGUGUAGGCAGGUGAUGGGAAAGAUUGAUAUGGAAAUUGCCAAAAGCAAGCCAUGAGGACCCACUUGCUUGUUACAAGCAGCAAUAUUUACUCUGUAUUUAUCUAUAUGCUUGGUGCGGCAAUAAACAGUCUUUGUUGGCAAACUAAA